AUGUUAUCCGUAUAGUAGCCUGUGACGGAUGUCAUAAUGUUAAAAUUGUUGUUGGUAUUGACAACAUCAACAUGUUUGCUGUCAACCGUUAAAUCCGUAGAACCCAUUGCAACUGGCGGUCCUGCCUAUAUUGUGGCAGGCAAAGACGCCCUGCUAACCUGUGUCGUCUCAGCGAAUCGUCUUAAUAAUACUGUGAUAUGGAAGAAAGGUGAUGAAAUUCUAACCGCGGGCAGUGUCCGCGUGACAAGUGAUCCGCGUGUUAGUGUAUUACACGAUGAAGAACCCAGUAGCAAAGUGGAAUCCGGUGGUGAGGUGUGGGUCCUACUCAUUAAACGCCUAAAACCAUCCGAUAAGGGAAGCUAUAUCUGUGAAUUAAAUUCAGAUCCAGUAUUACGUAGUAUACAUAUAUUAGAUGUUAAGACAACCUACAAAACCUUAGACAGAAACAAUACCAACAACAACAACAAUCGGGAUUUAGGUGAUGAAAACAGUGAUGUUUUUCUAGUACCACCCCCUCUGGACUCAACGGACAAUCGUUCAUUUUGGCGCACCGCCUCCAUACCAGCCCAGAUAACGCAUGACUUUACCGAAUGCUGUGAACGUGACAACGUCAGUCAAAGCUGUAUGGGCUUUUGUAAUGUCCACAAUAUUUUGGAUGGCACCACCGGCAUUGAGCCGGAGGCAUGCGAAAAGGAUUUCCCACGAAUCGUGCGCUGCAUGGCCGAUGGUCGUAAUCAUGUACCCUGUUGCGUUGAGAAACAAAUACCUGAUUUGUGUCAAGACAUGUGUCGCGGCGAGUACACACCGUUCACCGAUAUGCUGCGUACACGAGUGUCCUGUGUCCAUCAUACACUGAGCGGCCUGCAGUGCAUACUGCAGGGUGUCCAACAGAUACCCAGCACCCCACUGGAAGUGACAGUCAGUGAGGUUAGCGAAACAGCUGUAACGGUUAGCUGGUCACCGCCUGAAAAGCUACCCGACACGGUGAAAGAAUACAAAAUCAAUGUAACGGAAUUGCAUUCCUUUGAUGAGGAUGAUGAUGCGGCGGCGGCGGCAGGGGACGAUGGUGACGAUGAUGUGGCUAAAACGCGUCUAACGAAAAAGGAUGAAAGUGUCAUUAUGCGCACUGUAAAUGGCAACACAACAUCGCUUCGGAUACCAGAUUUAAAGCCACAAAGAAUGUAUGGAAUUGUGGUGACGGCCGAAAAUGAAUUUGGGUCAAGUUUGCCCAGCGAACGACUGCGCAUCUUUACGCACAAAAGUUCCCUGUCCAAGGAGGAGGAUGCAGAACCUGAAACUAAAAUGGAGAUGCCAGAUUUGCCUGACAUCCGUAGUUGUUGUGAAUCGCGUGGUAUGACCCACCGUAUGUGUUUGGAUAAAAUGUGUGAUCCGCAAAAAACUGAUUUGGCAACUCUGCCCGAUUUUAUGGUUUGUGCACCAUGGUCAAACAUCACUUUCAGUUGUUUGGCCAAUAAUAUUGAUCAUACGCCAUGUUGUAGAGCCCGUGGUAUACCGAGUGCAUGUUUCCCGCUGUGUUCGGGCAAGGUGUCGACAUUGGAUUUCAAUUUGUUUAAGUGCCUGCGUUUUAUGUCGGAAUUUAGCAGUUGCCUAUUUCAAGGUUAUGGUGUUUUGGCUGAUCCACCCACCAAAUUGCGUACGGUUGCCAAAAAGGAUACAUUCCUCAUUUUGGAUUGGAAUAAACCAAAAAGACUGGCCGAUACAAUUACAACAUUCCAUGUCAAGUUUAGACGUUUGGGAGUUGGUGAUGAUUAUAGCACAGUUGUAAAGAAAAAUCCACCACUAAUAUUGGAAGGCUUGGAACCCGAAGUCUACUAUGAAUUCUAUGUGGUAUCCAUAAAUGCAUAUGGCAAAAGUGAACCCUCACCACGUUUAAUCACACGCACCAAACCCCUAGAAGUGGAGGACGCCGAGGAGCCCAACUAUGAUAUGUCGAAAUGCUGUCAUGGAUCGGGUCUAUUGCCACAAUGUGUACCGUUGUGCAGUUACAAUAUAAAAUUGUCGGACAUUGAGAAGCUGGGACCGGCGUGUCGAGCACAAAUGUCCAUUAUUGCCAAAUGUGCCGCCGGAGGUCGUGAUCACACACCAUGCUGUGUACGCCGUGGUGUACCCUCAACAUGUAUGUCACUGUGCCGUGGCGUUUUACCUGUAGCCCACACCUCUUCAUUGGCAACAACGGGCAGUGUCAAUUCUAAUGCCACCACAGAUUGUCUAUCCUAUGCGGGUAAUAUCCUGCAAUGUCUGGAGGAGGGUACCGAUAGUAUACCCGCCCCAGUCAUCGAUUUACAUGCAACCAAAGUAACAAAUACAACAAUCUCGUUGGCAUGGUCACAGCCAGAUGUCGAGGGCAACAGCAAUUCCACAGAAGUCGCUACAACACCGGCAGAUGCCUCAAACAGCAAUGGCAAAGCAGCAAAUGAUGCAACCAUUAAAGCAUCCAACGGCAAUGCAACAGAAUUUGACAUCGCUGAUGCGGCGGGUGCUGCUGCUGCGAAUGAUGAUAUUGACUUCAUUGUUCAAUAUGGUAAAGUCAAUGAUAUGACCAUGUAUGAAAUUGUGGCCAAACUAGAAAAUGAGCUGGUCACAAAUGAAACAUCCAUCGAUUUGAUAAAUUUGGAACCGCAUGCUUUGUAUCGAAUCAUGGUAUUGACACGCGGUAAAUAUGGCACAUCGUUGCCAUCAUCGAUGCUGUUAAUCAACACCACCGAACCGAAGAACAAUAGCAGUGCCAGUGAUGAAAAAGAUGGUCAACAACAUAUUUAUGCUGCUCCCUCACCGCCACAUUCACUGGCCAUAAUUGCUCACAGUGCCACAUGGAUGCAGUUGACAUGGCAACCACCAGAAUACUCACAUCCUCACGAGAAAAUUACCUACAGAGUGUAUCACAAGCCGACCAAAGCUGAAAAAUUCAAUAAAAUAGAGACGAGAGUUGCAUGGCUGCGCAUGGGUAAUUUGAAGCCAAGUUCACAGCAUAUUUUGUAUGUUGAAGCUGUGGGAGAAAAGGCAACAUCAAUGCCAUCAGAAACUCUUGUGGCCUGGACGGAUCCCGCCUUACCAGCCUUUGUGGAUCCUCCAACGGUACAUCCCGCUGACAAUAUACCCGAAGGUGGUUCCAUGACCAUACUUUGUCUGGCCUUGGGAAAUCCCGCUCCCACUAUUUCAUUAUAUGUUGGGGGACAUUUAGUGCGUCAAGAUGCUUCAAGACAUAUGGUCACGGUUAUACACAACGUCACUGCAGAUAUGGAACAUGUUUCGUGUUAUGCCGAUAAUGGUUAUGGUGUGCCAAUGCAGGCCACUCGGAAGGUUAAUAUAUGCUACCCUCCCAAAAUCCAAGCCGCCGGCAUAACUGUGGCCUCGGUGGGCAAUGAAGUGGAACUGCGUUGUCUAGUCGAUUCGAAACCCAAACCAAAAACUAUUUUCUGGCGUGAUCAUGAUGGCCGCAUACCGGUCAUUGAGGGUGGCAAUUAUCACAUUAUGGAACGUAUCAAUGAAUCACAUCCGAAUUUAUAUUCCAUGGUGUUGCGCAUUCACAAACUACAAGCAAGUGAUGUUGGCGACUAUUUCUGUCAUGCUGAAAAUCCAUAUGGUUCCAAGACCAUACCGGUAUCGGUACGUAUGCGCACCACCCCAGCCCUCAAUCGUAAAGUUACGGAAUGUUGUGCCCAACUGAAUGUUUCGAUGACGUGUCGCAGUGCCUGCAGUUAUUAUGUCGAUAUUGAUGCUAUAGCUGAUAAACCUGAAUGUAUUGUCGAAUUUGAUAAAAUGAUGCGUUGUGCCGCUGACGGUUCAGAUCAUCGUAGUUGUUGUGCUGAUUCGAAUGUACCACGUAAAUGUCUGAAUUGGUGUCGUGGCGAACCAGUUCGUUCUAAGGAAAUUUGUAGUCUGCAGUAUGCAAGAACUAUUGUGGGAUGUUUUGAAUCGAAUAGGGAUCGUUUGCCUGGACCACCGGAAAAUAUUGCCGUUAGUGUGAUAUCGGAUAGUGAGGUGGUUAUAAAAUGGGAUCCACCAACGAAAAAUCCCAAUGCUGUUGAUGGCUAUCGCAUUUUCUACCAUGAAGCGGCCAUAAUUGGUAACGAUGUGACAUCUAGUGAGACAAUAAAUGGCGGUGCUGGUGUUAGCGGUGCCGCUGCUGUUCUCGAGCCAACAAUGCUGAAUAAUAAUGCAACAAGCAUGCCAAUGGGAGGUGGUGGUGGUAAUAUCACGGCACCACCGCUAAGUGGCAGUGAGGUGAGACGCAUUGACGUCAAGGAAACCAGUGUGAAUAUAGAUGGUCUUAAAAAGGAUGUCUUAUACGAGUUGGUUGUGAAAGCUGGCAAUACCUAUGGUGCCAGUGUUUUAACGGAACCGAUAAAAUUCACACUUGGCGAGCAUCAUGUUACCUCCGCGACAACAUCAUACUCGAAUGCUGUGGGCACGAUAAGCGGCAUCGUUGCCAGCAUUUUGGCGGUACUGUUAGCAGCCGCCGCCAUUAUUUUCUACAGACGACAUCGAGCAAAUGGUAAGGCAGCCACUGGAGUGGCAUUUGAGAAUCCAACAUACACUCGAGGUUUAGAACAAGUGCAGUUACCAACUGUAACAUCCGCCCUGACGCAUACUAAUGGCAAUGGUAACUUUAGUCGGGCACCAGCCGCCUCAACCAAUUUGACAACAACAACAAAUACGACAACACCUGCCACCAUGACGACCCGAGUGGGGACAAACGGCGGAGUUGUGAUUGGUGCCGGUGAUGGGCAUAGUAGUGGUAAUGGAGCAGCCAAUAAAACCUCAAGUCUGGAUGGCGUAGAUUCACACACCCAGUGCAAUGAA